GGAUAGACUUAUGCAUGAUAAUAUACACAGACUUGGCUGUGCUCUUGUUAUUGUACUUAUGUAUGGGUUCUAUUGAAUUGUAAUCCAUUCCAUUUAAAUUGUAGGACAGACUACCGGAUAAAGUGUCGUGUUCUUACUUAACCAGUUAACCAUUCUCGUCAUUACAGUUACCCGACGACAACAUGGCGAAGCUUUUCGGCAUCUGUGUCCUUCUUUCGUAUCUCACAGGUGUGACUGCUGAAUUAUGUACUGCAUCAUACUACUACUACUACAGCUACAGCUACAGCUACUACACCUACUACAUAAAUUGUGACACUGGUUGCUGCGGCUAUUAUUAUGACCGGGAAUGCUGUACUUCAUCAACUGGUACCAUUGCCGGAGCGGUCAUUGGGUGUUUUUUCUUCAUCGUCUGUAUCGUCGUCUUUAUCAUUGUCAUCAAGGCCUGUAACAAGAAAAGGACUGGUGUUAUUGUCGCAGGGCAAACUGGUGGAACUGGAAACGUCACGGUCGUUAACACUGCCACCCAACAGCAAAUGCAACAACAGCCGUACGGAGCCUAUCCCCAGCCGGCCUAUCCUCCUCCUCCACAGUAUGGGGGCCCACCUCCAACAUAUGGAGUCCAAACUCAAGCAUUUGUCGUCCAAGCCGGACCGGCUUAUCCACCUCCACCAGCAAUAUACAAUCCAAAUUAACCAGAGAAGUACUAACUCCGACCAAGCAGACCAGAAAACGUCAAAACAUUUUACGCGUGACUAAAGGCUAUGCACAGAGGAUCUAGGAACAUGACCAAUCACAUUGAUUGUGGAAAUAUAUUUAAGAAAUUAUCAAUAUAUGUGCGUGUGUUUGGUGUUAUUUAUAGCGAGUUUGAGAAACAGCUGAAAAAUAUCAAAUCAGUCCGUUGAAGCCUGAGAUAUGUAAGUCAAACAAAUGUUUAAUCCUGAGUUAUAUAUUUCCCCAUAUUAUAAAAGCAAUUGUUGAUUAUAUCUAUUUCUACCAAGUACUUUGUAAAGAAAACGUGUAUUCGUGUUAACCCUAUAUCCAUGCUGUUUACUUAUGUAUUUAACAAGCCUCGCGUUUUUAUCCGUUUUGAUGUUGUGAGCUUGUUGCCCUAUUUUGCCUGCUACAUUUGAAAUUUAGAUAUAUUUGGGAAAGAUGAUCUGUGCCUUAUUAUUUGUUGAUUUAUCAUGAAUUUAGUAGAAAUGCUAUUAACCAAAGAAGAUGCAUCCUUCUUUAGCUUGUCCUAUCACUCUGACCAAGUUGAGUGAAGUUUUUGUGUGUGUGUACGACUUAAAAGUCUCCUAUUUUAGAUAUGAACAUCCCACAAGUUCCACUUACAGUUGCCAUUUGGUUUCUCGAUUUCUAAGAUUACGAACUGUGCAAACACUCUUAAACUUACAAACACAUUUUCAAGUACCCUUCAUAACGAGUUAAGUGGUACAUUCUGAUCCCAAACUUUGUGAACUGUUUUCCUGUUUGUUAUCACAAUCACAAACAUUUAUAACAAAUGCGUGUAUCAUCCCUCGGCAAAAGAAACCAAUUCCUGCAGAGCUUGAAGAAUUCUUGGAGUGUUGCACGUGCAUGGUUAGUUCGAAAAUAAUACCAUGCAUGCUCAUAUUUUAUCGUCCAAUAAGAUAUGGUUAUAACCAAUGCAAAGUUUCGUUACAUGGUAGCGAUUCAAUACUUAAGUGGUAUUAUCAAUACAGUGUGAUAAGUGUGUGAUUGUAACCAAUAAAAAGUAUCGUAACAUCACACACAUGGUAGAGAUAUCAUUACAGUGUGUUUAGUAUGUAGUUAUAACCAAUGAAAAGUGUCGUUACAUCACAGACAUGGUAUAGAUUCAAUACUAAAGUGAUAUAUUUCAAUACAUUGUGUUUAGUAUGUGGUUAUAACCAAUGAAAAGUGUCGUUAUAUCGCAGACAUGGUAUCUAAAGUAAUACAUGUAUGUACAUGGUAUCACAGCCACAACCAGCAUAUGGAGUCCAACCUCAACCAUAUUUGGGCCAAGCCGGACAGGCUUAUCCUCCACCUCCAGCAAUAAACCAUCCUGAUCUACCUGAGUAGUAGUAAUUCAGAACUCAAGAAGAUCAUGAACCCUAAAAAUAGUUUUGUGUGGCUAUACAUGGCAAAUGCAUAUUUUGGAACGAAAAGCGUGAAAUGUGACAAAUAGUUCUGCUUUCUAGGAACAUGAUGAUCCACAUUUAAUAUCCUAUGACCUAGAACGUUGGAAAAAUAUUUCAGAAGAAAAAAUAUAUUGUCGCAUGUUUUAAAUGAAAUUUAAAAAAGGCCGAUUCAGGGUGAUUUACCUGUUUUUCAAACAUUUGCAAAUCCCGAGUUGUAUACUCCAUCAUAUUAUACAAACAUAUGUUAAUUAAUUUUACCAGGUAUAAUUAAAUGAAAAAUAUAUUUUCGUAUAAGCCUUAGGUCCUAUACUCCUAUGAUAUAUAAGUGGCCAAGAAAAUCAAAUUACUUGAAUAAGGCUUGUUUUGUGCAUGCAAGUGUUUCAUCACCUGAUACCUGUGUCUCGAUUUUUUGUUUUUAUCAUAUCUGACGUUGUGAGCAGUUCAACUUUUAUACCUGAUAAACUGAAGUUAUUUGGAAAGGAUUAGAUGUGCUUCUUACAUUGUUGAUUCCUUGUCUAUAUACUAGAAACAAAUAAGAUCCAUUGUGCCCGCUGCCUGAGCGUGACUCUUCACCCGAAGCAAACUUUUUAUUUUUCUAAAUGACUGAAAGACACCAUUUCCAAGUUAAAAUCCCAUAAACUACGUUACAAGUUGGUUUCUCAAUUCGGCAGACAUGAGUCAAUUGCAUUUUACUUGAUGUUUAUUUCAAUCAAACAAAAUCAUCAAUCUGUCGCUAUCGACAUCAGCAUUUGACAGAUUAAUCUACAUUCCUUCAGGUCACUUACCUAGUUAGUUUGGUAAAACAUUCAGAUAAUUUGCCCAAGAGGUUUAACUAGAGUUUGAUAGAUAUUCUGAUUUUCAAAACUAUAUGAAAAUGAACACGUCUAUCCUCAGCAAAGGGCACUUAUGUCAGGGCUCUCUUGUUUACAUUAGCAAAAUAGGGAAGGUUUUCGUAUGAGCAUUGCACGUGCACGGCUUGUUUGAAAUUAAUUACAAAAUAACUUGAAAUAUUUUUUACGUUAUUGAACCAGUUUUUCGUCAGUUUUUGUUAUGUUAUGAUAAAUGCUUGUUUUAAACAGUAUUAAAUUAUUACAUUAUAUUAAAUGAUAUUAAAAUACUUUUUUUUUUUUUUUUUUUUUUUUUUAUGUUUUCCAUCAUUCCGAACAUUAUUUUCUAUUUUGAUGAUAUUGAUGUUUUGCUUAAAAUGCAUUCUUCAAAACACUUCCAAUAGUUGGUCUUCAUUAUUGCAUUCACAAGGCAGAAAUAUUUUUCUUCUACCUGUUUACAGCAAUGAUACACAGGACAGGGCUUUACAGCGUAACAUCCUUAGUUGUUUAAAACACAACGUUUUCAGAAUUUCAGUAUCCCACGAUUGUCUGCUCUUUGUAAAGAUGACUUUUUGUCAAUGCAUUUUGUUUCAUGUUUUAUGUUGAAAAUAAAGUGGAUCUUUUAUC